ACAGAUAAAUGGCUGAAAUUGACGGUCAGUGCCUGGCAACGACUUGUUGUGAAGUAAAUGCAAUGGAAGGGCAGAAUGUUAUCAAUAGCACCUUUAAGUAUUUCAGCGCUGAAACAUAACAUGUUUCACAAAUGAGUUAAUGGAUUUCAUUUUUCCAAUAUGAAUUCACAUGUUCAACACAUAUUAAGGACAUUUAUCGAAAAACAAGGAAGGACAAUGCAAUGUACUGCAGCCUGAAACUGAAAACAACAACAACAACAAGCUGUUCUCUGUUGUCUUAUGGCCAGAAGCUGCUACGCAUGUCCGCAAUGAUCUUCCAAGAUUUGAUCAAACCAUGCCAGGGUGAGAACAGCAACACCAGCUCAUAUCGCCUUAUUCAAUUUAGCUCCACUCGCUGUAUGAGUAACAGUCAGUGACCCGAGGAAACAGCAGUGCUGCUGGACUACAAACAUUGCUGGGAAGUGUGUGUUUGUGUGAGUGUCCAUCUGCCUGUACACACGCCUCCAGAUCACAAUAAAACAAAGAGCCCCUUCCUCAUCCUUCUUCAUUAAAGGCAGUGUCUAUAGCUGCGCAGAGUAAACAGUGUAGUUGCCCAGGACACCCUUUGCUUUAAGGCAUUAGUGGGAUAAGUUAAUCGAGUUGAAAUGGUCGUCUACCACCCAGACUGACCUCAGUGUGGUCGCUAAGAUACUAAAGAGAAGACACCUGAGAAGUGCAAAUGUGCCAUUCAUGCAACACCCUUACAGAGUACGACAUAUUGCAUAGAAUAUGGCAAUAGUUUGUAGGAUGGUAUGUUUGUGGCUUGAUUAAUUUAAGAACCAAGGCAGAGGAACGACAACUUUUACAAACACAGGCCGCCAAAUAAGAGCAUGAAAAAAACAGUAAGAUACUCAAAUCUAAAUUUGAAGAACUGAGUAGACUUUAAUACAUUCUCUCCCUACAUGUUGACAUAUCUUAUCAUGAAGCAUAAUAAAUAGUAGUUCCCUCCAGUGAAAAAAGACUUUACAGUAACUAAAAAGGGAAGUGAAAAAAGGAUGUGCGAGAGAAAAGCGUGGUAGUUGCUUUUAUUUCAAUGUCUGUAUCCUGUCAGGAUUUUAUUAACUGUAACAUUAGCAGAGGUUGUGUCAGAAAGGCAAAUGAGAAGAAGAGAAGCAGCCAGCAGUCUACAGAGCUGAUGAUUGUCUUUUGAUCAAUUCUGUUUUGGAUUGUUGGAGCGCUUUUUCCACGCUUUUUCAGCAUUUAAGUAAUUUCGGACCCCGGCAACUGAGAUAUUUUUUAUAUACUUAAAGACUGAGCUGUUUUUUGAGACUGUCCACUGGAAAUGUAUUCAGAUAUGAUGCACGGCAACAUGUCGAUCAAUUAAAAACUCAACAAAUUAACAACACAUUAAGCUGCAGUGCUUCUGCUGAAACAUCCAGCACAGGCAAACAAUGAGGCCUGUGACAGCAGCUCUCUUGGCAGCAGCCAUGUUGAUGGGACUGCUGAGUGCUUCGUUCCCUGACGGCUACGUAGACCUCUCAUCCAAAAACCUCUCCUCUGUCCCAAGAGGCCUGCCACAGAAGGUUGAGUUUCUCGACCUCUCAUGCAACCACAUACAGCAUCUCCGCCGAGGAGACUUCAGAAACACCUCUCUCCUGAGGAUCCUCAACGUUUCGUGGAAUAGUUUGGAGGACAUCGAUCCGGGGACGUUCCUCGACACGCCGCUCCUGGAGGAUCUGGACCUGUCGCACAACAGACUGAGGAACCUGUCGGAUCAGCGGUACCUGCUCCACGCAGAGAACCUGCUGGUACUGAAUUUGGCCAGCAACAGGUUUCUCACAAUGACACUGGGGAGUGAGUUCAGCUCCCUGGUAAAACUGAAGAGAUUGACACUUGGAGCACAAAACAUCAGUGCGGGUGAUUUCAAGAAUAUUGCUGAAGUGAAACUGCGUACACUGACCCUUUCCCUGGAGAAUGAACUUGAUUAUGCAGCAGGCAGCCUGAACGAUGUUCAUGCUCAAAGGCUUCAGUUAGGCUUCACUAGUUAUCAAGUAAUUAACCGUUUUCUGGUUUCUGACGCCCUGUCACUCUUUGUUGAAGUGGAGUUCAUGGAUUUGACACGCGGCUACAAAGACCUGAGUGAGCAGUUGAGCGAGAGAGUAGAAAUCCUCACAUCUCAUCUUUAUCUCACCAACAUAUCAAUGAAGUGGGCCGACUUGACUUACUUUGUGAAUGGGAUUCUGCGUACAUCCAUCACCCAUCUGACCGCCACUGAUGUGGCCCUGCACGAAUUGCCUUAUAAAGACACUAAGGUGACCCCGACGACUAGAAUGAAGUCCUUCACAGCCAGAAGGGCAAGGGUCAUGGAUUUCUUCUUUUCACAGGAGGAUGUAUACAACUUUUUUAUCAACAUACCGGUGGAGAGUUUAGCAAUCGUUGAGAGUUCACUCAUACACAUGACAUGCCCAAAGUCUCAGAGUCCUAUCCACUAUCUGGACUUCUCCUAUUGUGCUCUUUCUGACUCCAUGUUCUCCAGAGUGGAGGGUCAACGAUUUGUCGAAUGUGAGACUCUGGAUAACGUGAGGAACUUGACUCUGGUUGGCAACAAUCUUAAGAGCCUCCAGACGGUGAGCAAACGUGUGCAAUACAUGAAGUCCCUGCAACAUCUGGACGUCAGCCUCAACUCCCUGGUUUACGAUGGUGUCGGAGAAUGUACCUGGCCACCGAACAUCACCAACAUGACUAUGGCGUCUAACGGUCUGACAGACUCCGUUUUUAAAUGUCUACCAAAAGGAACACAAACACUGGACCUCCAGAACAACCAGGUUUCUGUGAUACCGUCAUCCGUCUUGAAACUGGUAAACCUUUCAACUCUGAAUCUAAAUGCCAACAGGGUGCGGGAUCUGCCUGUAUGUAACGGUUUCCCCAUACUGAAUGAGCUUCUGCUCAAGUCAAAUUCCCUCCAUGCGCCGUCUGUGAGCAAGCUGAAGAGCUGCCCCAAACUGGAAACCCUGGAUGUCAGUCACAACCCCUUCGUCUGCACCUGCGCUCUGAGGGGAUUCAUAAGUCUGGGCAUCAAGUCUGAAAAGAAGAAAAGUCACACAGGAAUUGAAUUGUUGAGCUGGCCAUUAGACUAUUACUGCACCUAUCCAGAGGUUGUAAGACACUCCAACUUGAAAGACAUCUCCAUCCCAUUGGUCUCCUGUAAUGUCAGCCUUCUAGCCGCCAGCAUCUUGUGCCCAGCAGUGGUAGUGAUUAUCGCAGUUGUGACCCUGUGCCAUCGUUUGGACGUUCCCUGGUAUAUGGGCAUGAUCUGGCAGUGGACCAGAGCCAAACAUCGCGCCAGAAUGCGUCAAGUUCGACCUGAAGAUCUGGUGGGAGUUGAGUUUCAUGCUUUUGUGUCCUACAGCCAGCAUGACGCGGACUGGGUGCAGAAUUCCCUCCUUCCCAACCUUGAAGGCCCCUUAGGAGGGCUCCGAAUCUGUCGUCACGAGAAGAACUUUGUGCCGGGAAAGACAAUUAUUGAGAACAUCAUCGCCUGUGUGGAGAAAAGCCGACGCUCCGUGUUUGUGCUCUCCGGUCACUUCGUCAAGAGCGAGUGGUGCCAUUACGAGCUGUACUUCGCCACCCACCAACGCCUUGGUUGGGGCACAGAUAGCGUUGUGCUGGUGCUGCUCGAGCCUCUGCCUCAAUACCUGAUCCCAUCCAAGUACUACCAGCUGAAGUCCAUGAUGGGCCGGCACACAUACUUGGAGUGGCCUCGGGACAGGGCUAAGCACAGGCUGUUCUGGGCGAAUCUCAGAGCUGCCCUACAGGCGGACCUGCCGGAGCCAGUGAUAGAACUGGAGGAGUGACUGUGGGAGGCAGACUUGAAAAGAAAGAGGAAGUGGGAAGAGGAAGUGGGAAUGGGAUGGAAGUGAGAGUCUGGCCCAAUCCCAAUGUUCCCCCUAAGGCCUUAAACCCUGAACCCUCAGGGGCUUGACUGAUGUCACCUAGUACAUGGUUAAGUGUGAGAAGCUGCAAGGGCUUGAAAUGAUAUAAAUAUGAAUGGGACAGCUCUUUGCGGUGAUAUAUCACCGACGCCAAUUGUGGGUUUUUGUAUUUUUUACUGCCUGAACUGUCAAAAAAAUCAAUUUACUUGUUUUCGUCAAAUUUCAUUAAGCAGCUGUGUAAUAUAGUCUAAUGCUUAUAUUAAUCUGAUUUCAUGUGUUUUUUUAUGUCCCAUCUUAAAUCCUUAAUGUUAAUGUUUUUGAACUUAAAUAGGCCUGGCUGAACACCCAUGUGCCGUCCUCUUUGUUUACCUAUUUUUUUUAACGCCACGGGGCUUCCUCUGGUAACCAUGUGUUUAACAAUGCUAUGAGUUGUGGGUAAUUCCCUCAGGCAAAGAAAUGCAGACUUACGGAAAGUGUUCAUAAAGGGCUCCAAAUGUCUGCGAGAGAGCCCCCAAGAACUUGAUGAUUUGACUGUGGGACAGCCCUAAACCCUCACAGACUUUGCGGGAAUGCACCUUUAAAGUCUGUGAGUGUGGACAUUGGGAUUGGGCCUUUUGAAAGAGGGAACAUGGUAGGAGUAAAAACGUGGGUUCUCUGGAGCAAAAGAGAAGUGUGUACAUUUUCUAGUAUUCUUUCUUUAACACAUGAGCAUACGCUCUGGAGCUAUAGUGUCUAAUUUUCAAUAUUGUACUAUGCGCU